UGUGGGCUCGGCGUAGCACCUGUUCAAGAAGGGCUACGGGGAGUGAAUGCUCACCGCUCUAGACCCGCUCAGGUCGGGUUUCUCUGAGAAUCAAAGGAGCGAUCGCCCGGGUUUUUCUGCGUAAUUUCUAUGCCCGAGGUACUGUUGCAUAUCACAGCGAGGGAGCCACACGGGACCGUGCCAUGAUAACUUAUCCAAAAAACAGAAGUUGCGAAGUUUACAGUGUAUCAGGCAAUGGACACGGUCUCACUGGAAAUACACCUGCACAGGGUGCUAAGAUUGAGCCCACCCAGUUGUCUGAUGCUGCGACAGUUGCCGCAUCGGCCAGGACAGACAGCAAAGUCCCCGGGGUCGCGGCGGAGUCUACCUGUGGGGGGUGCAGGAGGUGGGCUCUGGUGGCUGCGUCUCUUGUCCCUCUCAGCGCGGCCAUCACACUGAUUCUCUACUUCUGUGCAUCGCCGCGUCCCUCUGUGUUCUACCUGGGAGGCACCGUGGAGUUCCCCAACCUCACUUUCUCACCGGAGCUGGCCGAGCCAUCCUCCCCAGAGUUCCGUGCCCAGUCUCAGGCUCUGAGCUAUUACUUUUCAGAACUAUAUGACUCAACCCAAUGGAUGUCCUACUACAAGCGCUCAGGAAUAAUUGCCUUCAGUGAAGGAUCAGAUGGGCUCAACGUGUUCUACGUGAGCAAGUUCUCCGCCCCAGCAACUGUUGCCUUGGAGAUACAGAAUUCCAAGCCGGACAGGUUGCAGAGACGACUACCCUUCACCAACAAGUUCUUGUACAACAAGAAUGAGGAGCGGUACUACCUGAACAAGGAAGAGGACACACUCUCACUGCUGGGUCUGGAUGAUGACGAUGAUGAUGAUGAUGACUCUGAUGACAAGGCAGAAAAAAUCAAGAAUCCGAAUUCUCUGCAGAGUGGAAAGUGGCAGAUGGGUCACCAAGCGAUGUCCUUUGACCUGUACGCUAAGUAUGGCAACAACCGCACCCUGAGUCUGGUGAGCCCCAAGAAGCCGUACUACCAGUGGAGGCUGCGGGUCCCCUCAGGUCACGUGGUGCGACUGGUGGUCCUGACCCUGCAGGGGGCCACCCCCGGCAGCUGCUCCGCACACAAGCUCUCCGCCUUCGACUUCCUGCUCCCGCUACAGAACAAAAUGAUCGCCAGGUGGUGUGGUCUGCCAGUGUCCAGUUCCUCCCCGGUGAUGAAGCUGACCUCGUCUGGAAAUGUCAUGCUGGUCACUUUCUCUUUCAGUCGACAACGACAUGGAGCCAUCUUCAAAGCCUAUUUCCAGGCCAUACCUAAAGAAGAAUGUGGAGGCUUCAUCUCAUCAUGGAACGGCUCGCUGACCUCGCCCUAUUUCCCAGCCAACUACGCACCAAACAUGGACUGCAGCUGGAAACUGAGGACGCCGUUCCCUGGUUACCUGCUCUCCAUAACCAUUGUGAUGCUGGACAUUCAGGAUUCGCCAUCCUCCAGGGCCUGUGAAAAAGACUGGCUGGAAAUCAAUGGGGUCCGGCUGUGCAACCCUAUCGUGGACAGCAGCAGGAAGAGGAUCUACUCAUCCCCGGUGUUGCUGCACUUUCGCUCGGACGAGUCCCUGACUCACAGGGGCUUUCAGCUGCUGUUCCGCGCCUUCUCCCCGGAGACCACCUGUCCUAGACAGUUUCGCUGUGGUGAUGGCCUGUGUAUCCCCCUGAGGAAAGUGUGUAAUGGGGAGAAGGACUGCACAGACGGGCGGGAUGAGACAAAGUGUUCCAACUGCAGGCCAGGGGAGGUGUACUGUGGGAAUGGGCAGUGCAAACCUCACGGCAGUCAGUGUGGCUCACAGGCAGGCUGUGGAGAAAGCAGCGAGGAGAACAACAACUGUGCAGGGAAGUGCUACCACAUGUGUCCCAAUAAGGUGUGUAUCACAAAGGCCUCAGUCUGUGACGGGGUGAUAGACUGCAAGGACAGGAGCGAUGAGCUCAACUGCACCAGAUCAUUCCAUAAAGGCUGCUCCCCUUCAUCCUUCAAGUGUUCCAAUGGGAAGUGUGUGAAUAAGAUGAACCCAGAGUGUGACGGGGUCAAAGACUGCAAAGACGGCUCUGACGAGAUGCGCUGUGUCUGCGGCACGCGUCCCAGGAAGAAGGCGAAGAUCGUGGGUGGUGCGGACGCUCAGACAGGCUCGUGGCCGUGGCAGGUGAGCCUGCAGAUGGAGCGCUACGGACACGUGUGCGGCGCCUCGCUGGUCUCCAGCCGCUGGCUGCUCUCCGCAGCACACUGCUUCCAGGACUCGGACGCCAUCAAGUACUCUGACGCCCGCUCCUGGCGUGCCUACAUGGGUAUGCGCGUCAUGAACACGGCUAGCAACGCCGCUGCCACGCGGCAGGUCCGCCGCAUCCUGCAGCACCCGCAAUACGACCAGUUCACCUCCGACUACGACAUCGCCCUGCUGGAGAUCAGCGCCCCCGUCUUCUUCAACGAGUUGGUACAGCCCGUGUGUGUGCCCGCUCCCACCCACGCCUUCUCCUCGGGGACCAGCUGCUUCGUGACAGGCUGGGGGGUGCUCACGGAGGACGGUGAGCUGGCUUCGCUUCUGCAAGAGGCCACAGUGAACAUCAUCAACCGAAACGUUUGCAACAAGCUGUACGACGACGCUGUCACUCCCAGAAUGCUUUGUGCUGGCAACAUGCAAGGAGGCGUAGAUGCAUGUCAGGGUGAUUCGGGCGGCCCACUGGUGUGUCUGGAGAAGGGACGGCGCUGGUUUCUGGCCGGGAUUGUGAGCUGGGGAGAGGGCUGCGCUCGGCAGAACCGUCCAGGAGUUUACACGCAGGUCACUAAGUUCACAGACUGGAUCCAUCAGCAGACCAAAGGCCAGGUGUAGAGCGCGUGUGCCGUUGUGCAAUAUAACUACACGACGUCAGUGUGACUUGCACGCGCACAGAGGCAACUUACACCUGAAAAGUGAUUCAUCUUGACACAAUACUGGGGUGCUACCACUACAAACCCCUCGACUUCCUGGUGAAGCCACUUCACUCCCUCCUAAAGCCACAUGCCAGUCAGUCCUCCCUCUGGAAUUGUCCACCGUCCUUCAUCCCUGAAGUCAGACAAACUCAGCCACAAUGCUGUCAUGACCUUCCAAACUCUGUACUUCCACCAUCACCUGCCACAGGUUAGCUUACACAAAGAUCACUGGGCAUUGCUGAAAGUUUGAACACACAUUCCAGAAAUGUGCUUGACUCUUUGUCACUGUGGAAGAAGUCAUCUCUGUGCUACUGGGUAUAGGCCUACUGUGUGUGUAUGUAUAUUAAUGCAUAUGUUCAUCCCAGUAGUCAGACAGAUCUUGUAGUCAUAUAUUACCAGCUAUUAUUUCAAUUAGUGUAGCUUUCAGUUCCCCUACUUUACUGGGAUAAAUAAUCACAUUUACACUGAGUUGUUUGUCCCAUGAUAUAUUCACUGUUUUUCUAUGCCUAUCAAACUCUGUAUUGCACAAGCUAAAAGAGAAGGUAAAAUGCAUAUUAUCAUAUGGUGUUAUGUGGUAUCAGUUGUCCUUUUAGUGUAGAACCUACAUCAAGUUCAUGGUUUCUUUGCUGAAUCUCACUACAAAGCCUCAAAUCACUGUACUGUAUCAUGUCACCCCGAGUGAUUGAGUGUAUCCAGACUUCCGGAUACCAACUUUUAGGCGCUGUUUUAACCGAGUGAUGAGUACGACCAACAUAACAUCUUGUCUGCUACCAGAACAUGCUCCUACUCGUGGUCAUUCAGUGGUACUGCUCUGUUUAAAGUUUUGUCUUAUGUACUGUCGAACCACCUGCCCAAAAUGUCACAAUUAGCUCUGUUCAAUUUAUUUAAGAUCGCUGUUG